AUGGGUGCACAUUCACACACCGCCCAGCGCCGUGCGCACGGCGUACGUACACCGACUGCGUUCGGUGGAGCCUCAAUAAGUGGGUGCAACCUGGGGAAGAUGCACCAGAUUAACUGCUGGUGGCCCAGCUACCUGCUGGUCAUCGCCUGCCUGGCAGUGGCACCGUCCAGAAGUCAGGACUGCUCAGUGGAGAAAAUGGACAACACCAUCAUCAACAUAAACCUAGCGCUCUCCCAGGGCGUCAGGGGCACAGAGCCGGUUUACACCUCAAGCCCAGGAGCUUGCGUACGUGCUUGCUGCUCAGGAAAACCACUGCCAGGAGACAAAAAGUGUAACCUGAUGAUUUUCGAUGCUCGAAGGACAAGCACACAUCCAAACUGCUAUCUUUUUUAUUGCCCUAGCGCAGCGGCCUGUCCAACGAAACCGGCAAUGGGACUUGUGAGCUACAAGAUAACUAGAGACAUCCAAGCUCUGGAGGAUACAGCCUUCAGAAAUGGAUACUCUUUGUCUUUUGGUGCUGGAGACUUUACUUCUCGCAGUCCAGUGAGCCGUCUGAAUCAUGCCGCUGCUUUGCAACAAUCUGAUUUUCACCCAACACCUGAACUCCCAAACCAUGUGGCCAAGCAGGUAGACAGUAGUGAAUUUCCUACAGAUUCACUUGAAAUGCAAGGUCAAAAACAUCCUGAAAGCUUCAACUCCACCCCAUGGCAGAAAGUCAAUAACUUGCUGCCUACAAAGGCAUCCUUCUCUGUUCGAAGUGGAAAUUUCUCAGCUUCACUCUCCAUGGCUCAGCCCAGUGGCCCUGAAGCCAGCAGUGCUCCUCUGCCUACAAGUGUCACCAGGCUGCAGUCCAGUACGAGCUCUCUGCCAGCUGCUGCUGCUAAACCUGGUGCUCUCACCACCACCACAGAGACCUUCCUGCCUAGAGCUGAACCUGGCAGACCAGCUGCCCGCACUGCUGCUACUCAUGUUCCUUUUUCAAGUCCCAGGACUUCUACCACUACAGCCAAAUGGGUGACCACAAAUGGCAGCACCGAGCCAAGGUGGAGAGGGGCAGCCACCCCUCGGACACCAGCAGCUGUCUCCUCCAGUGACAGCAGCCAUGUCACCCUCCACUCUUCAGAUCUCACUCUGCCUGGUAAUGAGUCCCCCGGGGCUUUCCAAAACACCCAUCAGAGUUUUGAGCCAUCUGAUUCACCAAGCUACUUGCUGGAGGGCCUUCUGAGGCAGGGGGAUGUCAUUCGUCUGGGAGAAAAAAGCAGUCUUGUAGCAGCUUUAUUUUUUGGGGUGAUAUUCCUGUUACUAGUUAUUGCACUGACAGGGAAGAAAGUCCAUGAAUCACUUCAGAAGAGACGCUACACCAGACUGGAUUACUUGAUCAAUGGAAUAUAUGCGGAUGUGUGAUGGGAAGGGGAGAG